CUGAGAUCUUUUUGCUUUUAAAAAAGAAAUUCAAUAAUUUAUUGGUAAUUCAUUAAGCUCAUGCUCCUGUUUUCUAGUUCCACAGAUGGCAAACGUUUCUAAAUUUUUUUAAUCUAAGGUUCACAUAAUUCACGUAUCUGAAUUCCAUAAACCAUAAUGGAUAUAAUCUGAAUAGAUUAUCAUAUUUGUUUUACAAGUUGUUGAGUUUAUUGCUUGUUAUCUGGUGUUGUUGAUGAUGUCAAUGUGAAACAAAACAACAUAGAGUGGGGAUGAACUUUUUUUCUUUUGUUUGUGUGGAACUUUAUGAAAUAGUUUUUAAUUAUUAUAUUAGAUAGAUUCUGUAGUGUGCUUACUUGGGAUCUGGAACCCUAUUAUACAAUGUUUGAGGGAUUCACCUUCCAUGUAACAAUUCACUGUGGGAAACACUUUAUAUUCACUGUUGUUAAGCAUAUGCUAAAUUGUAUUUGCUUCGACUGUUAGCUUAUAUAUUCGCAAACUGUUAGGUAUUAGUGUGCAAAGGAACUAUGGCCUACGCCUAAUUGUUUAUUUUGCCUAUUGACUGCGUUGUUGUAAAUGCUGCCUCAGACAAGAGUUCUGGUUGAAUGAUGCUUGCACUUUAUAUUCACCAGUAAUGAAGAACGGACAGUGCGCACAGGAACUAGUACAAUCUUCCACUCAAGCUUCACAUGAGUACCAAGACGAACAUAAAAUUAACCAAUCAGUAGAUGCUCCUCCUAUACAAGAUGCUGUUUCUGUAUCUGCUUCAUGCAAUGACAGUAGGAAAGUUUCAAGACAAGAUAUUGAACUUGUCCAGAAUUUGAUAGAAAGAUGUCUUCAGUUGUACAUGAACAGAGACGAGGUCAUGAAGAUCCUCUUGGAUCGAGCAAGGAUAGAACCUGGAUUUACAAGCUUGGUUUGGCAGAAACUGGAAGAAGAAAACGCAGACUUCUUCAGGGCUUAUUACAUCAGGUUGAAACUGAAGAAGCAAAUAAUAUUGUUCAAUCAUUUGCUUGAGCACCAGUACCACCUCAUGAAGUAUCCUCUACCUCAAAAGUUUCCUCUGGCACCGAUGCCAAACGGAAUGCAUCACAUGGCACCUGUAGUUACCAUGCCAAUGGGGUAUCCAGUACUACAACACCCUCAAAUGCAUGUUCCAGGCCAUCCUCAUAUUGAUGCAAUGGGAGUGUCAAGCUACCAUGUUGUUAAUGGAGUCCCUGCUAAUUUCCAGCCACGGAAGAUGAACUCAACGAAUGAUAUGGUGAUUGAUACAACCCUGGAUGAUGCAACUCCUCAAGUGAUUCCACCAAACAGUGGUGGGAUGUCAGUGAGUCCAGCUUCUGUGGCAUCAAGUGGACACUUUCCGUUUGAUGCUUCAGAUAUGGUAAUGGAUGCUUCAGUGCUUGAUUCCGCGUUCACCUCUGAGGUUGGAGUAGGAGAAGGAGGAGCUGGGAAUGCCAGAGAUUCACUCAGGUCAUUUGAUCAGAUUCCCUGGAACUUUAGCCUUUCUGAUCUCACUGCAGACCUGUCAAACUUGGGAGAUGUGUAUGUUGCAGAGUUAGGAGGCUUAGGAAACUAUCCAGGCUCUCCUUUUCUUCCAUCUGAUUCAGAGAUUUUGCUUGAUUCUCCUGACCGUGAGGACAUAGAGGAGUUUUUCGUGGACUCGGUGCCUGGACCUCCUUGUUCUAAUUCAGACGAAGAGAAGCUUUGAAUUGAGAUGGAGACGGCCUUAUAUAAUAAAAGUCUUCUUCAGAGAACCACCAAGCAUUGUUUUUUUUAUAAUUUAAAUAACACAUAUAACUAUUAUUGUUAUUAUAAACUAAAGUAUUUAUGAAUAAGAGGGUUAGAAUGAACCUAAAAUAGGAUGUACAACAAGUUAUCAGCAGCAUCAGAGUUUUCUUUAUUA